UGUAGACGGGUGUCUGCAGAGACACGUCUUGUGUAACAUGAAAUUGCCCAGGUUUGCGUCCGAAGAAUAAUGCAAGGGAGAUGGCCUUCACUACAAGUUUGUUGAAUUUAAUGCAUUCGGAUAUCCAUAAAUAUCACGUGACAAUGGCUGACAAAACUUCUUGGCAGCCGCCACCUGCGUUCUCGAAGAUGUCUUUGUUAGUGUCCAUCAGACAAAAGUGACAACCUCAACGACCUCAACAGCCUCAACAGCCUCACACUCGAUCAACCUCAGUUCUACUUGCUCAAUCCGAGGAACUAAUCUUCCCCUACAUAUUUUUCCUUCGAUCCACCUCAUAACCGCAGCCAUGCCUCGAGCCGAAGUCGGAUCAACCAAGCACAUCGCCAACCAGAUGAAGUCCAAGGGACUUCAACGGUUGCGAUGGUACUGCCAGGCUUGUUCGAGACAGAUGCGCGAUGAGAACGGCUUCAAAUGUCACGUAGCCUCAGAAUCACAUGUGCGCCAAAUGCAGAUCAUUGGCGAAGACCCGCGCAAAGCGAUCAACGAAUUCUCAAACCAAUUCAUGAAAGAUUUCAUUCAACUGUUAAGGACCGGCCAUGGGGAGAAGAAGGUCAACGUCAAUCACUUCUAUCAAGAGUAUAUCUCCAACAAGCAACACAUUCACAUGAACGCCACCAAAUGGGCCAGCUUGACAGAGUUUGCCAAAUAUCUUGGACGAGAAGGCAUUUGUCGGGUGGAUGAAGAUGAGAAAAAUGAAAGUAGAAGUGGUGCUAGUGGCCUCAUGAUUUCUUGGAUCGACAAUAGCCCAGAAGCCCUGCGCCGGCAAGAAACACUACGAAAGAAAGAACGACAAGAUCGUGGAGACGAAGAGAGGGAACAGAGAAUGAUCAAGGAGCAGAUUCGCCGAGCUAGGAGGGAUGCUGGCUCAGAGUAUCUGGACAAAGACAAUCAUUCCGAGGACGACGAAUCUGCCGAGAGAGACGAUCAAGGCAUCAAGCGAAAAGAUGGGGAGAAAAUCAUACUCAACUUUGGUGCAAAGAAGCAAUCCUCCCCUGUUGACAAGCCACCAACUCCACCCCUUUCCGAUAAGGAUGAUUCAGCGCCCGACCAGAAGGAGUCCGAGAAACUUAUUCAGCCAGCCGACUCGCCGGUUCUGGCAACAGCUCCUUCUACUGCCAAGGGAGCAUUAAAACCGGCUUUAUCAUUUGGCCUUUCCUCAAACAUCGCCAAGCCAAAGAAUGUCUUUGCCGCCUCAUCAAAAAAGAACGCAUUCUCAAGUGCAAAGAAGCCAUCUUUUGUGUCAACACAACGACCUAUGAGUGAAGCAGAGCGAAUCAUGAAGGAGGAGAUUGAAAGAAAACGGCAGCGAGAUUCGUAUGGAGGCAAUGCAUUCAAAAGACAACGUGUGGCAUGAUGGGUAGAGCCCAACACAAGUUACCUGAUGAUUUACGACCUUAUGUAUAACACUUGUACUUUUGAUACCAACAAGCUGGCAGCCAUGAAGGGAUGCCUUUAGAAGGAAAUAUUUGAAAGCCAUGGUUCGAAGGGCAACCAAUCAUGAAUUCUCUACCUUCCAUGUUCGACCCGAAGAAGCCCAAAUGUUCUUGAAUCUUU